AUGUUUUCAUCCAUAAGAAAUCAAAGCCAGCAGGCAGCUACUGCUCCUACACCGGCAGUGGCCAGCGCCGAGCCCCGCGAGAAGCCUCUGGCCGGCCGAGCCUCCCCGAACGGCGCCAGCAUCGGAGAAGCACAGAAAGAGACGAGCCGAGACACAGCUAGUACGAAAGAGCCUGCCCCCAUGCAGGUAGAUCCUCCAAAAUCACCGGAAGGAAGGCAGACUGCCGACAUUCAGAGCAGCGCGAAGACUCAGAGCCAGGACUCCAGGGAGUCGAGGACCAAAGAGGCGAAGGAUCGCAGCUCGAAGGAGCCAGAGGCCAAGAGCACAACGGACACCAAGAAGGAGAUGCCGGCUUCUACACCGUCGGCCCUGAAUGGCACUUCGACGGAGGCAUCUCGAGGCCACACGAGGCGAAGCCGCAGUCGGAGUCGCUCUCCCAAGGCACCAGCGGGCAGCGACUCGGCGGCAGCACAAGCCCUGCGGGAGCUUACGAAGAGUGCGCCAAAGCCGCAGCCCACUCCCGCGGACGCAGCGUCGCCAGAGGGAAGCGCGCUCUCUCCGCUUGACAAGGAGCACGCCGAACUGAAGAGUGCUUUGUGGGCUGCUUUCAGUGCGGCGAGUGAUGUCCGCACAAAGGUGACGCAGGUGGAGCAGAACUUGAACCUGAUACAGAUGCAGUUGCACCAGGCCACCCAGAAAUCAGAAGAGGCGCUCAUAGGCGUGCGACACUGGUCUGGCAUGGUGGAGCAGUGCCGAAUGGAGCAUGCAGCUCUGAAUACACCGUUCUAUGAGCCCCACUUCGCGGCGCAGGCGCAGCAGCGUCUGGCCACGGCAAUGCAAAGCCACAGCUUCGCCGUGCAGUCAAGUGAGCGCCUUCAGCAGCACCGCAAAACUGCAGAAGCAGCUGUCAAAGAUGCGACGGAUGCUGUCACCACGGCCCAGGAGGAACUGCGCGUAUCGGGCAAAGAGGUUGAGGAUGUCGUUGAAAGAGCUGAGGACUUCCUGAAGAGAAACAUGGACCACCUGCCUCAGGACAAAGCGCAGCCGCUCGCAGCGCUGUGCACUCGCUUCAAGCAGUUCGCCGAACAGCUAGGUGUACGUCAGGACGGGCCGCCCAAGCCUAUGGCCAUGCAGCCUAUGCAGCCUAUGCAGCCUAUGCCCAUGGCGACACCUAUGAUGACCCAGGAAUCUGCCAUGCAGGGUCUCUUGGCGAUGCAGCAGAAGACCGCUGCUGCAGGCCUCAUGCCAGGAAUGCCCGGCAUGAUGCCGAUGGCGAUGCACCCUAUGCCGGACUUCCAGCAGCGCCCGGACUUCCAGCAGCGUGUGAUGAUUGUCGGCGAGGACUCCAAGCCGAAGGACGAGGAGCAGCCAAAUGAACUGUUCGGAGAGGAGGAUCAUGACCUUCAAACGACUGCGGCGUUCAACCCCUUCCCGGAGAACACUCAGGAAGACGAAAUCUCGCGUGAAGAGCCAGCAGCUGUGGAAACCAGUCCAGAGGCUGCAGCAGAGAAGAAACAGGAGGAUCUCGCAGCCUACAAGAACCGGCUCCUCUCAGAGGCAAGCUACCUGCAGGCUGUCUUCGGCGGGAAGAAGGAAGAAAGCUGA